UGCUCUGAAUGUGGAAAGAGCUUCAAUUGGAGUAGUGAUCUUCAGCGGCAUCAGAGAAUCCACACAGGUGAGAAACCUUUUGAGUGCUCAGAGUGUGGAAAGAGAUUCAGUGAGAGUGGCAGUCUUCUAAAGCAUCAGAGAAUCCACACAGGGGAGAAUCCUUUUGAAUGCUCAGAAUGUGGGAUAAGAUUCAGGCGGAGAAGCAAUCUGCAGCGACAUCUAAGAACCCACACGGGGGAAAAACCUUUUGAAUGCUCAGAGUGUGGAAAGAGAUUCAUUCGAAAUAGUGACCUUCAACGGCACUUAAGAACCCACACAAAGGAGAACCCUUUUGAAUGCUCAGUGUGUGGGAAGAAAUACAGUCAGAGUUGCAACCUUCAAAAGCAUCUGUCAAAACACAUUGGAGAGAAACUAUUUGAAUGCGAAGAGUGUGGAAAGGGAUUCAAGUGGAGUAGCAGUCUUCAACGGCAUCAAAGAAUACACACGGGGGAGAAACCUUUUGAGUGCUCAGAGUGUGGGAAAAGAUUCAGUCAGACUGGCAAUCUUCUAAAGCAUCAAAGAACUCACACAGGGGAGAAACCUUUUGAAUGCUCAGAGUGUGGAAAGAGAUUCAGACAAAGGAGCGAUCUUCAACUGCAUCAAAGAUGCCAUACAGGGGAGAAACCUUUUGAAUGCUCAGAAUGUGGAAAGAGAUUCACUACACGUGGCAAUCUUCUAAAGCAUCAAAGAACUCAUUUAGGGGAGAAAUCUUUUGAAUGCUCAGAGUGUGGAAAGAGAUUCAGACAAAUGAGCAAUCUUCAACUGCAUCAAAGAUGCCAUGCAGGGGAGAAACCUUUU